CCCGAGCGCCUCCCGCCGCCGCGCCUGGAUCCCGGAUCCUUUGCCGCAGCGUCAGCGCCGCCGCCGCCGCCUCUUUUCCGCCUCCUUUCCUCCUCCGUCUCCGCCUCCGCUCCCUCCUCCUGCUCCGGCUCCUCCGCCUCCCGGACGCGGCGCCCGCAGCCCGCGCCGAGCCCCGGGCCGCGCGGUGCCAUGCUGCCCCGGCGGCGGCGCUGAAGGAUGGCGACGCCGGUCCCUCCGCCCUCCCCGCGACACCUGCGGCUGCUGCGGCUGCUGCUCUCCGGCCUCGUCCUCGGCGCGGCCCUGCGCGGUGCCUCCGCCGGCCGCCCGGAUGCCGCUGUCUGUCCUGGGAGCCUGGACUGCGCCCUGAAGAGGCGGGCACGGUGCCCCCCAGGCGCGCACGUCUGUGGGCCCUGCCUUCAGCCCUUCCAGGAAGAUCAGGAAGGGCUCUGUGUACCCAGGAUGCGCCGGCCUGUGGGGGAGAACCUGCCCAGGCGGAGACUGGAAGACGAGAUUGACUUCCUGGCCCAGGAGCUGGCCCGGCAGGAGCCCCGGCACUCCAGGCUCACGGCCCAGCCCCAGCUUGAAGGCGCACAGCAGCACCUGGAGCCUGCAGCCGCCCUGGGGCUCUCAGAGAGUCGCCAGGGCCCCAACCUGGGCCUCCCCUCCACUCGGGGAGCCCCGGCACCCACGGUCCACACAUCCUUGGGCUCCCCUGUGUCGUCUGGGCCGGUGCACAUGUCUCCCUUGGAGCCCCGGGGCGGGCGCGGUGACGGCCUCGCCCUCGUGCUCGUCGUGGCGUGCUCGGUAGCCGGCGCGGCCGCUCUCGCCGUCGCCGCUCUCUGCUGGUGCAGGCUGCAGCGAGACCUCCGCCUGACUCAGAAGGCCGACUACGCGGCCCCGCAGGCGCCGGGCUCCCCCGCGACGCCCGGGAUCUCGCCUGGCGACCAGAGGCUAGCGCACAGCGCCGAGAUGUACCACUACCAGCACCAGAGGCAGCAGAUGCGGUGCCUGGAGCGGCAUAAAGAGCCGCCCAAGGAACUGGAGUCGUUGUCGUCCGACGAGGAGAACGAAGACGGCGACUUCACGGUGUACGAAUGCCCCGGCCUGGCCCCCACCGGAGAAAUGGAGGUCCGGAACCCGCUGUUCGAUCAAUCGUCGCUGGCCGUGCCCCUGCCGCAGUGACCCGAAGGCUGCUGCCCACCGGCUCCCGGACCGCACGGCCCACGGGUGGGGAGGGGCAGGGCUUGGAGUUUCCCCCUACAGAGACCCUGUUGAAGGUGGGCGUGCUUGUGGCUAGGCCAGGGCACGAGGGCGGGAACCCCUCAUUGAGCAGACUCAGCCCCGUCCUGCCAGGGGCCACGUUCCCCUUGCACCUGCCCUCUGGAGUGGGAACCGCAAGUGAGGGGAUGGGGCGAACCCCCUAAAGACCAGGCACGGAUGAGGCAUCCUGGAGACAAAACCAUUAAAAUACAUUUCAAACA